CCAAUUCUAGCAGUAGGGGAGGAGGGGGAAACCAACAGCUCCCAGGCCCUAAGUACUAAAACUCUAAACAGUCAUAUUUACGUACUCAGUGUUAAGGGCAACCCAAAGACAGCGAACAGUCUAUUGUUUUGAGAAAGUGUGAGUGCAGAGCUUUGGCUGUGACAGAACCUUCCAGCUCGGUGAACGCACCCUCCCCUUCCAGCAGGACGUCUGGAAGAAACGUCCCAGUCCUCAAUAGUGCUAUAUGUAAUAACUUCUGGUUGGACCAUAAAACGCAAUAUAGUGAAGAAAGAGAUUUGUAAGAACACAGCAUAUAAGGAAAAAAGGCAUAAAAUCCAUCUCAAUCAGGUAUGGCGGCGACUUUACCCAGAACCCUUGGGGAGUUGCAGCUCUACCGAAUCUUGCAGAGGGCAAAUCUGCUGUGCUACUACGAUGCCUUCAUCCAGCAGGGUGGUGAUGAUGUUCAGCAGCUGUGUGAGGCCGGAGAGGAGGAGUUUCUGGAGAUUAUGGCUCUGGUGGGGAUGGCAAGCAAGCCCCUGCAUGUACGGAGAUUGCAAAAGGCACUGAGAGACUGGGUGACCAAUCCAGCUCUCUUUAACCAGCCUCUUACCACUUUGCCUGUCUGUAGCAUCCCCAUCUACAAGCUUCCGGAAGGUUCUCCUACUUUGCUCUGCAACAGCUAUGAGAGGAACAGCAACAACACACGUGAGCCACAUGUCAAAAUCCCCAAAUGUAUUGCGGCCACAUGUGUGGACCCCAGCAAAUCUGAUGCCUCAGCUGGGUCACCUAUGCAGAGUGGCAGUGAGCCUCGUUUCUGGGCUGGUAGUCAUGCCACUGAAAGUGAACAGAGCCUCUCACCAGCUGACCUGGGCUCACCUUCUUCUCCUAGGGAAGGGUUGGAGGCUCUGGAUACUGCCGCAGUGCAGUCAGUACUGGAGUGUGUGGAAAGGAUGGCCCAGGGGCUCACCAAGAGUGACCCAGCUGAGGUCAAGGAGCAGCUGAAGAGCAACAAAAAAUUGGCCAAGAUGAUCGGGCACAUCUUCGACAUGAGUGAUGAGGAUCCACACAAGGAAGAAGAGAUCCGCAAAUACAGUGCCAUAUAUGGACGCUUUGACUCAAAGCGGAAAGAUGGCAAGCACUUGACGCUGCAUGAGCUCACAGUGAAUGAAGCUGCAGCUCAGCUGUGCAUGAAGGACAAUGCUCUUCUGACACGGAGAGAUGAACUCUUUGGAUUGGCACGCCAGAUAUCUCGAGAAGUCACUUACAAGUACACAUACAGGACCAGCAAAUCUCGAUGCGGAGACCGAGAUGAGCCCUCUCCUAAAAGGAUAAAGACAGAGGAAGGUUAUUUUGAUAUUCAGGAGGCACUGCAGACCAUACAACAGAGGCAGGAGUCUUUGAAAGAGCAGUUGGCACACGCAAAGUCAAAAGGCGAGGAAACUAUUAGCAGAAAUAUCCAGACACAGCUGGAACGAUUAAUAGCCAAGCAAAUGGAGAUCCUCCAUGAUGCAGCUACCCAAGAAAGACUGCAGGCUCUGGACUGGCGUGUGCCCCCUGGUGCCUUCAAACAUGUCAUUGACAAACAGACCUCUGAAAAAAUCAAUGAUCGACAAGCUGAAAAACCAUUAAACCUGAGGGUCCCUAGUCAGCAAAGGCAUGUGAUGCAGUCACAGAUGGCUUCAGAAGGGGAAUCAGUCUUGGGCAAGCAUCUGUCAAGUGAAUUAAAAAGGUUUCAUUCUACAGGCGAGGGAAAGAUACAGUCUUCAGAAAAUGGUGGCAUCACAGAUUUCUCCCAGCGAGUACUGAACCUCUCAGAGAAAAAAAACAUAAAAUCUGAACCAGAAGAUUCCAGAUAGCCUCUUUUUUUCCUUCUCAAUGUUUGUACAGAACACAGUGUCUAUCAGUAAAUACUAAGCAAGCACAGCUACAAUAGAGCCUUAACAACCAAUGUUGCCUCAAACAUCUUUUUUUGCCAAAGCACCUAGAAUCGUUAGUCUGCUUACUAAGAAGCAAAGAAGUUCCCUUCUCACUGGCUGUACAGUUAUUCAUUGCCGUUCAUUCAUUGCAUCUGUAUAGCGAGAUGCAACAGCAGUUGUUUGUAGAUAUAUGUCUUCAGAAAGUCAUGUAUAUCAUGUUAUUUAAGAAUGUGCUGUGUAUAAACUAAACAUUUUCUUGGAAACAAAGGUAAUCUGUCCUGUGCGCAUACAUUCUUGAUGUGCUGGUAAAUUGUUUUAGUUCAAUCAGGAUAAUAAUGUACACAUUGUCAGAGUACAUCACAAAAAUUAACUUGAAGUACUAGUACAUUGUAUACAUUUUAAAUUCUGUCCUGAUUAGUACAUAUAUUUAUUAUUGGCACAAUAACACUUUAUGAGUAGACCCAGAAAAUACUAAAAAGAAACACAUACAGGCAGCACUUUGACUCCUGAUUUUAGGGUGGAAGUGUUAUAUUAAUAUCUUAUGGUUUCCUUUCAUAUUGUAUAAACUUAAUACUAUUGGGAUUUUGCCAGUUUUAUAAUGGGGUGUCUGAGGUACUGGAUAAUAAAGUGAAGCAGACUACAUUCUUAGUAUAGGACGGGUCCUGUUGUGUGCUGAAGCUUUUGGCUGCGGCAGUUAGAUAUAAGCACAAUUCAUAUUUAUUAAUGGCAUUUGUAUCCUUAGUAGGGAAACAUUCCUAUGAAAUUGCAUACAAUUUCAACUUUUAAUAGAAGAAACCAGGAUUUGCGUCACUUCAGCUUCAUUCUUCCAUCUAUCUUUCAAAAUCAAUUCCAAUAAUGUGGAUAUUUCAAGUAGAGCAAUACUUAAUAGUAGGUGUUGAGAAUCUCAGUGAUGGUGUCUUGUCCUUUUGCCCUCUGGUUUGUUAAUUGUAUAUCUGUUGUGUUGACUAGCUUAGAAAUCACAAUUCUGGUGACAAGAUUACCUAUAAACAAUAUGCACAAGUGUUUGGUUCUAAAUGCAAAGUGUGCUGUUAGAAUUAGCAUAAGGUUUUCAGCAUAUGUGUUAAUAGUAUUAUACUGUUAGAAGAUUAAAAAUAGUUCAACAAUGUACAAAUUUAGGGUAUAAGGUGCCUGGUUUCCCUGUUUUUCGUUCUUGUGGUAAUUACUCUCUUUCAUUUGAAAGGUGAACAUUAUUUAUGCUUUCAGGUUUUACAUAGAUACCUCCCUAUUACUGUGUCAUUUUGAUUUAACCCUUUAGGUUUAAAUUGGCUGUUGAUGAUAAAUACUGCAGCCAACAAUGGCACUGAAUGGCUUCCUAGUCCCACAUGCAAUAUAUUUUCAGAAUUGUGUGUUUGAUAUUGUUUUGUUGUUGUACUUUUUAAUUAUUGACUUUUUAAAAUGC